CAAUCACGAGUGGUCAAAUCUGUCAGUUUCAGACUGCCAAGACAAAUCUACAACCCAGGACCAGGAGGCGCUGCAGGAGUUGGAGGAGUUGGCGGAAUGGGUAGGGCUGGCUAUUAUGGUCCUCGCUACUAUUGUGGUGGCUAUUAUGGUGGUAAUGGUUAUUAUGGUCGCGGAGGUUGGGGUGGCUAUGUGUACAGUAACUAUGGAGGUGGUGAGAACAACAACUACGGUGGUACCAAUAUUGGCAGUAUCAACACCGAAAAUGUUAACGCUCAUCUCUGAACGAAGACGACUAAUGUUUCAGGUGAAUAACUGA